UAAAAAAAAAAAAAAAAAAAAAAAAAAUUAAAAACCAUUCUCUUCCCUUCUUCUCUCUCUGCGCUUCUUCUCUACGCUUGUUCUGCUUUCGGUGGCCUCCGAAAUCCAAACGCGAAAACUCCGACUUCCUUCUUCGCCUUUGAGGCAGCCAUGGGUUCCGAUGCUGAUAUGGAGGAUUACGGAUUCGAGUACUCGGACGAAGAGCCUGAGGAGCAGGACGUUGAUAUUGAGAACCAGUAUUACAACUCCAAAGGUUUGGUUGAGACUGAUCCAGAAGGAGCGCUUUCAGGAUUUGAAGAAGUAAUUCGCAUGGAGCCUGACAAGGCUGAGUGGGGAUUUAAAUCUUUGAAGCAAACUGUGAAGAUCUAUUACCGUCUCAGGAGGUAUAAAGAGAUGAUGGAUUCAUACAGGGAGAUGUUGACAUAUAUCAAAUCAGCCGUAACACGGAAUUACAGUGAAAAAUGUAUAAAUAACAUUAUGGAUUUUGUGUCCGGGUCAGCUAGUCAGAACUCUGGUCUCCUGCAAGAUUUUUAUCAGACCACUCUAAAGGCCCUUGAAGAGGCAAAGAAUGAGAGGCUUUGGUUCAAGACAAAUCUUAAGCUUUGCAAAAUUUGGUUUGAUAUGAGUGAAUAUGGGCGAAUGAGUAAGAUUUUGAAGGAACUCCACAAAUCUUGUCAAAAAGAAGAUGGUACUGAUGAUCAAAAGAAAGGAAGUCAACUUUUGGAGGUUUAUGCAAUUGAGAUUCAAAUGUACACUGAGACUAAAAAUAACAAAAAGCUAAAGCAAUUAUACCAAAAAGCUCUUGCAAUCAAGUCAGCAAUACCUCAUCCUAGAAUCAUGGGAAUAAUUCGUGAGUGUGGGGGUAAGAUGCAUAUGACAGAGCGUCAGUGGGCAGAGGCCGCCACAGAUUUUUUUGAAGCUUUCAAGAACUAUGAUGAAGCGGGGAACCAGCGGCGUAUACAAUGCUUGAAAUAUUUAGUUCUGGCUAAUAUGCUGAUGCAGUCCGAGGUUAAUCCAUUUGAUGGUCAAGAAGCAAAGCCGUAUAAAAAUGAUCCUGAGAUCUUGGCAAUGACAAAUCUGGUAGCAGCAUAUCAACGAAAUGAGAUAUUGGAGUUCGAAAAAAUUCUGAAGAGUAAUAGGAAGACAAUUAUGGAUGAUCCAUUCAUUCGAAACUAUAUUGAAGAUCUAUUGAAGAAUAUUAGAACACAAGUGCUGCUUAAACUAAUCAAGCCGUACACACGAAUCCGAAUUCCCUUCAUAUCAAAGGAACUUAAUGUCCCUGAGAAAGAUGUUGAGCAGCUCUUGGUUUCACUAAUUUUAGAUAACAAAAUCGAUGGACAUAUUGAUCAGGUGAACCAGCUCAUGGAGCGUGGUGACAGGUCGAAGGGAAGGAAGAAGUAUGCUGCCGUAGAUAAAUGGAACACACAGCUGAAGUCUCUUUCUCAAACUAUUGGUAACCGAGUAUAUUGAGAACGAUAGCACAAUAUUGCUUAUGACCUCAUUCUAUAUGGUGCCAGUUUUUUGCUGUUAUGUCAUGGCUUGAGUUGAGUUCCAACUUUACCCAUUUGAGGUAAAAAUGUUUGAUGAGCUGUGAAUGUGAGUAUGAGCUUUAAGUUUAGAUGUUUGCUCAUAAGAAUUUCUCUGUGAUGGUGUAGAUGUCGCUACUCAUCUGUGAUAGCAUUUGUGCUAAAACAAUUCUAAUACCAAGUUUUGGAGAGAGCAAAUUCAAAUAAUGUCAUAUUCAAUCAUUACAGAAA